CUAAUAAUGAUACAUAUAUUAACAAUGAUAUUUAAAGGAUCACGUAUUUAUAAUUUAACUUUUGAUAAAACGUCUCGUAGUUUUUAAGUCUUAUUUUAUUGCGAUGGGUGAAAAAUGAUUUGUAUAUUUAUUUUGUGCUGUAUUGUUCCUUUGAUAUCAGCAAAUCCCCUGGCCAAAUUGCUGCUGCAGACAAGAUCAAAUUCCAAUCAAAAUGGAUUCAAUAACGUACCUUACAACCUACCGAUACCAGCAAACAACAUUCAGUCUUAUAUACCACCUAAUAUAAUUCAAAAUCCUGUAAACUAUUGCCCAUGUAACCAGCCAUAUGGGUCACAAAACGGACUUCCAGUUCAGAUCAAAGUUGAAGGUACAAAUAAGUCUUUUCUCAACAAGAUACUUGCUAAUCCAAUGUUUCAAAGUAUUUUGGAUCCAAAUGGAAAUAAUUUUAACCUUGAUAACAAUAAUUUUGCACCACAAGGGAAUAAUGGACAAAAACCAAAUGUAAUUAAUAAUUAUUACAUAAUUCCUCCAGAAUGUGCACAAGAUAAUGAUAAAGGUAUUGAAAUGAUCAAAAAUUUGAUUGAGAAUAAAACAGUAGUGAGUCGAAAUGUUGAGAAACGUAAAAAUAAUGCAAAUGAAAGAAAAAAUGUGCCAAGACCUCAAAAUAAACAGAACCACGAAAUAGAAAAACCAAAAGCUAACAAAAGAGUUCAAAAUGGUGAACACGGUCAUAAGACUCGAAUCAAUGACAACACUCAACCAAAAAGAGAAAAAUCUAAAAAGAAAAAGAAAAAUGGUAUCCAACGUGGUAGUGCUACUACCACCCAUGAUCGUAACAUAAGCAAAAACAAGAAAAUUUCAAAUUCAAAAAGUAAUAAUGAAAAUUUACCACAUAGGAAAAAUAUUGCUUCAAACAGAACAUCGUCUCAUAAUAACGGUACCAGAAAACGUAAAAACCCAAAGACCAAACUCGAAAAUGAUAACCAAAUAGCUAAUGAUAAACUUUCUAUAAAAAGUAAUCUUGAAUCACCAGACGUAUUGGAUAAUGUAAAUGGCAAACUGAAAAAGAAACAAACAAAAGUUAUAAGUUAUACACAUCCUAGAGAUGAGAAUGUUAUAAACGAUAUUCAUGAGAAAUUUCCAGGUAUUCCUAAAGACGUAAUCAAUAAGCUACUGAGAUAUUUAAGACGACAAAAUAAAAUUCAGCGGUUGUGUAAUAGAGAUGAUUUAAAAAUUAGCACUGUAAAAAAUAAUAAGGAAAAUAUUAAAACCGAUUCCGACAUACGCAAAACUAUAAAAGAUAAAUCAAGAAAUUCUGAAAAUUUAGCUUUAUCAUCAACAACGGAUCAUAUUUUAGAUAAAUAUACACCUGCUGAUAUAAAAGUAAGUAAUAGCACCUACGUGAGUUCCUUAGAAGGUGACCUAAAUCAAAGAGAAAAUAAUGAAACAGUACAAACAUUUUUCUAUAAGCCAAGUACAGAAGUGGUGGAAAUGACAACAAAUAAAAUUACAGAAAUACCAACACGAAUUAAAGAAAUUGCCGUACUUGAUACAGAAAAUGAUAUGAAUGAUUAUUAUCCCGACUUCAGAUUUGAUAAAAUGUAUACGAGUGAAGAUGAUUACAUCAGAAGUUUAAGAAAUGAUAAGUUUUAUUACACUACCGACAGAAACAUUUAUGAUAUCAAUAAAAGCACUGAAAUAUACUAUGAACCCUAUAAGCUUGCUACACCUAAAAAAGAAUUGCAGUCUGAAGAAUUCGAAGAUACAUUAAAUAAUCCGAUAAAAUAUUAUGAAAAUUAUGAUGACGAAGCAUUGAAUAGUUUCUCAAGUGAAGAAGUUGAAUUUCAAACACCACCAUUUUUAGAAAAUCCAGAUUUUGAAACUAAGCCCGUGGUAAAGUAUUUCGGUGACGAGACACCUACGUAUACUUACCAAGUAAGCAAAAAUGAUAAUCUUAACGUAAAAUCUUCAACGUAUUCGAAUGCUAAAUCUAUUGUUCCUUUGAAGGAAAAACCAAGAAGUGAUAAUAUUGAAACGGUGUUUGCUGGUUCUAAAGUAGCAAAAUAUGGUCAACCUCAAAAUGUUGCAGAUGAUAAUUUAGAUAAGAAUGACAAUUCUGAUACUGUAGUUGUGUAUGCAAGAAGUAUGUCUGAUUCCUAACAAAGAAAAUCAAAAAGAUACACGAAACAUCAAAGUUUUUUUGUGUAGUAUUAGAAGUAGGUACAAUUAUAAUUUAUAUGUUGUUAGAACUAUCAAAACGGGUUCUGUUCAAUAAAAUAUUUCUACUUUCAGAAGUUUA